UGUUUUCCAUUGAGCUGGCUCAAAGAGCCUUAUCCUACACCGCAUUGGCUCAUUUGGCUUACAAGCUGCAUAGCAUAUGAUAUAUUUGAUAAUAUCACACAAUUCAUGCAAUUAUAUAAUAUAUACACAGCUUGCAAGUCAAUGCGAGCCAAUAGUAGGACAAGGCCAAGCCGGUUCAAUGGAGAACACUAA